AUUAGUUCCAAGCUAGAUAUUAUUACCUCUAAGAUGAAAAAUCUUUAUGACCGGAAACAGGUUCUGGGUUUAGUAGCGGAUCGGAAAGUCGAUAGGUCGAAUAGAACGACUACAUCAUCUGUUAAUGUAUCCAAAGUUUUGGGCCGGGAAGAAGAUAAAGAGGCAUUGAUUGGGCAGUUGCUGGGUAAUGAGGCAGCAUGCGGCAAUCAUAAUGUGAUCAGUAUUGUGUCCAUAGUUGGUAUGGGUGGGAUUGGAAAAACAACUCUCGCCCAACUUUUGUACAAUGAUCAGAGAGUGAAAGAUCACUUUGAACUCGCAGCAUGGGUCUGUGUUUCCGAUGAAUUUGAUGUAGUCAAUAUUAGCAAGGCCAUUUAUCAAGCUGUAGGAGGGGAGGACAGACAGUUUGUUACUUUGGAUCUGCUUCAUGUGGCCCUUCAAGAAAAACUUUCAAAGAAAAGGUUCCUGAUUGUUUUAGACGAUAUCUGGAACGAAGACCACAACAAAUGGAAUCUUCUUAGAAGUGCUUUUGAUGUAGGGGAACAUGGAAGUAAAUUUCUGGUGACCACUCGGAAGAAGGAGGUUGCAUUUGUGAUGGACUCUUUGCAACCUUAUAUGCUGGAGGUUUUGUCUGAUGAGAUAUCUAUGUCUUUAUUAGCUCAAUCUGCUCUAGGUGAACAAAACUUUAUAAAUCAUCCAUCACUUAUAUUGAUUGCUCAAAGUAUUGUUAAGAAAUGUGACGGGUUGCCUUUGGCUUUGAUAGCACUUGGGAGGGUUUUGAAAACCAAGGGAAAUAAAGAGGUCGAAUGGAAAGAGUUGUUGAAUAGCGAUAUAUGGAAUUCGGAUGACAAAAGUGACAUUCUUCCAGCUUUGAAGUUAAGCUAUUAUGACCUCCCUUCACAUCUAAAGCAACUCUUUGCAUAUUGCUCCUUAUUUCCAAAGGACUAUGAGUUUGAAAAGAAAAAGUUAGUCCUAUUGUGGAUGGCUCAAGGGUUUCUGUCCCAAUCAAAGGGCAAUAACCAGCCAAUGGAGAGUUUGGGUGACAAGUAUUUUGAAGAACUACUCUCGAGGUCCUUCUUUCAACCUUUAGAGAAUGAGGAAUCACGAUACAUAAUGCAUGACUUAAUGAAUGACUUGGCCACAAGUGUUGCUGGAGAGUUUUUCUUUAGGUUGGAUGAGAAUAUGGAUCUUAAUGGAAGUCACGAAGCUUAUGAAAAGUUUCGUUACUUUUCAUUCAUACGUCAACAACGAGUUGCAAAGUAUAAAAAGUUCAAAGAAUUACACAAAGCGAGAUGCUUGCGAACGUUCUUACCUGUUUCAUCAGGUCGUUGGGAGGGAUUUGAUACAUUGGACAAUGUUACUGCAAAAUUACUUCCUCACUUACACUUCCUAAGGGUGCUAAGCUUAACUAAUUGGUCAAUCACAGAGGCACCACAAUCCAUUGGUAAUCUCAAGCAUUUAAGAUACCUUGAUUUUUCGAAUGCAGAAAUCCGACAAAUACCAGAAGAAGUGAGUGAACUAUAUAAUCUACAAAGUUUGUUGGUCCGUGGGUGUCGUAUGUUAUCUAAAUUGCCUGUUAGUUUUGUAAAGCUAAUUAAUUUGCGACAUCUUGACAUGGCUGGUACUUCGUCAUUAAAGAUGUUGCCUUUAGGGAUUGGUGGGUUGACUAAUCUAAAAACAUUAUCCAAGGUUGUUAUCCAAAAAGAUAAUGGGUUUAAAAUAUCUGAGCUCAAGGGCCUAAAAGAUCUUCAAGGUGAACUUUACAUCGAGGGGUUGGAGAAAGUGAUAGAUCCAACUGAAGCAAAGGAUGCCAAUUUACAACAAAAGAAGGGCCUUGAUGAUUUGGAAUUGGUAUGGAAUUAUGCUUUUCGGAAUAUAACAAAUGAAGAUGAUGUAAUUGAAAUGCUAAGGCCUCACUCCGAGUUGAAAACACUGAGUAUUAAUGGGUAUGGGGGAAUGAAAUUUCCUAGUUGGCUUGGGGAUCCUUUAUUUGAUCAAUUAACAGCGCUUACAUUAAGAGAUUGUAAGAAUUGUAAAAAAUUAGCAACACUUGGGCAUCUGACUUCACUUAGGAAGUUAGGAAUAUAUAACUGCCCAAAGUUGGUAUCGAUUGAGGGACAAGAGGUGGUUAAUGUGGGGAGUAGCAUGAUGAGAUCUCUUAGACAAGUGACGCUUCAUCAUUGUGAUAAACUGGAGAGUUAUUGUUGUCCAAAUAGCGUUGAGAGUUUGGAGAUAUCAUUUUGUUCAUCAAUGACAUCACUGAGCUUGUCCAACUCUAAUUUGGAGUUUCUUCGGGUCAGAUAUUGCAUGAAUUUAAAGUCAAUAUCCGAAGAGCAUUUGCAAAGUCUCAGAUCUUUGGAAUCAACUCGGGGAGAGAAUGAGGUGGUUAAUGUUAGAAGUAGUACCAUGGGAUCUCUUAGACAAGUAACUCUUUAUUAUUGUGAUGCACUGGAGAGUUACUGCUGUCCAAAUAGUGUUGAGUGUUUGGUUAUAAGUAAUUGUUCAUCAAUGACAUCACUCAGUUUCUCUAAAUUGCAGGAGGACCGCUCAUCAUCAUCAUUGUCUAAAUUGGAGUUUCUUGAGGUCAAAUUUUGCAAGAAUAUAAAGUCAAUAUCUCAAGGGAAUUUGCAAAGUCUCACAUCUUUAGAAGAGAUGCGGAUAUUUACAUGUCCAAACAUGGAGAAAUCAUUUCCAUCAUGUGGGUUGUGGCCUCCUAAUUUGGAGUGUCUAAGAAUAGGAGAAUUAAAUAAGCCAAUGUCAGAGUGGGGGUUUCAAAAUUACCCACCCUCACUUGUGGUAUUAGCGUUACAUGGAGAGAAUUCAAGAGUGGUUUCAUUUGGAACAAUGGAAAAACGAAAUCAUAAUAAUAUGAGUUUAGCAUGUUUUCUUCUUCCAUCAUCUCUAACUUCUCUAGAAAUCUCAGGAUUUGAGGAAGUGGAAUCGGUUUCAGAGGUCUUACAACACCUCCCUCACCUUCAACAACUUGAUAUUUCGGAUUGCCCAAAGCUUAAAGAUGUGCCACAAACAACUUCAUCUAUGAUAGUAAAUGUGUAUUAGAAAAAAAGGAAGCAUUGAAGGUGUAUUAGGAUAUACAUUAACAUCGUUGUCAUGUGCUUUAGAAUUGUGCCAAGGAUAAUCAAAGUGGUAGUAGGAGAAUUGACAACUUACCAUCAGAAGAAGAAAAAACAAAGAAAGACUUGCUUUCAUGGGUUAUUCUUUUUUGUAACCACCGAAAGAUAAAGCAUUGUCGAAGUUUCGGACUUAUGGAAGGUGUUCGCAGUUAAGAUUAUGUGGGUGUUUUUACAACUUGCGAACUGUUUAUGUUGAUAUCUGUUAUUGUUAAUAACUCGAUUUUAAAUUUGUAAUGUCAUGCAGUCUCAUGUUGCUUAGUUUAGUUUAUGACACACAGUUGGAUUUCCGUUAUAUAAUUAUUAAUUCAGAACCUCUAUUCAGUUGUCA